AUUCUUUGGAUCAACCCUGGGGCUCUUUUGGCAGUGUCUGAAUAUAUUCCAACCCCCGCCACACUACAAGACCGCUCAAAUCUAGUUUCUGGACACAGGAGAAAGAAGGAACAAUCACAAACACACGACAAUUUGAGAGACGAGUUUUUGGCCUCCCGUUCUCUCCCCCGUCUCCCCUUGUCUCUAUCUCAAUGAACCUCGUCCCACAACAUCCACAAUGUCUACUACAACAACAUCAUCAUCAUCAUCACCACCACCAACAACACUCCUCUCUCUCCCCGCCGAAGUCAUCCAAACCAUCCUGUUCUACUUACCCCCCACAUCCACCAUCUCUGUCCAACUAACCUGUCGCCGUCUCCAACACAUCGCCACCGAACCAUUACUUUGGAAAGACUACUGUCGCCGCACAUUCCGGUGGUGGGAUGCACGACACUCUUUGACCACCAAAUUAGCCGAUCCGUCAUUUACAGCUUGGAAACAAUUGUUUGCCACACGAGCGGAGGCGUCGUGGAAAACCCGUUCCGCGCUCGAUAAUAUUAUCAACGAUCAGGUGGGGAGAUUGGAUUCGAUUCAGAGGAUUUUGGAGGUCGGGUAUGAUGCGAAAGAUGAUUUGAGUGGACUUUUUUGGAAUGCGAAGGACUCAAGGAAUUAUUUGGCUCAGAGGUAUUGGUGUCAUGCCGUCCUAGGCUGUCUUCAUCGUCUGAUGGCCGUUGAAGAAUGGUUGGCUUUGAGAUCUCAAUCAGAAGAAACCCCUUCGUCAACAUCCUCUACCUCAUUUGAACGGCCCCUCGCCGCUCUUGAUCUGUUUAUUUUGGAACAUCGGCCCGAAGGUGAUAUUGAAGAUAUUUACACCCGAUUAAAUUCCUACGUCGAUUCUGUCCGGACAGCUAAUCCGACAAUCGACACCUUACCUCCACGCCAACAGGCACGUCUUAUCGCGACUCAUCUCCUUGAAAAACGAUGGAUUGGCAUCCAAGGUGAUCGCCACUACCACAGUCUCGACCACAUGUUCUUGGGAGUUGCGCUAUUCAGUGAAAACCGAAACUCCGUCCCCCUUGUAUCGGUCAUUAUCUUUUGCUACGUUGCACGCGCAUUCGGUCUGCGUGCCGUGCCGUGCAGCUAUCCCUUCCACGUCCAUGCCUUGGUCCAAGGUCCGUUGGGAUUCGAUCUUGAUGGCAACCCACUGGACCAAGAUGAGCAGGCGCAGGCACCUUCAGAGCGAACACAUCUGUACAUGGAUCCGUUCAACAAUGCCGAGGCUAUCUCUCUCGUGUCGCUCGAAGCACAACUCAAGUUCAUCGCCCCGAACGCUCAAACCGACUUAUAUCUGUCGGCAGCCUCGCCGCGUGAUAUGACUGUUCGCACUGCUCACAAUAUCCUCUCAUCGCCGUCUCACUAUGCUGGUCCGCCGCUGUAUCCAAUCAAUCCCAAUCUGGCCACCUACGCCGCUCUCUUUGCACUGGUCUUGAUUCCACACAACCCGGCCAACCAUGCUCAGCUUCGUCAGCACAUGGCUGUUCUCACUCAACAUUUUCUCGAGUUUUUCGAUCUCGACAUCCACAUUUUCGAAACCCGUAUCCUUCCUUUGACCGCGAGUCUUCCCGAUGCCCGCGCCUAUCGUAAUCUGAUUCAUCAGCUCAAAGAUGCAGAUCACGAGUCCAAGGUGCCAAAGUAUCGUUCCGACCCACGUAACGAUGUGGUCAAAUUCAGCGUCGGCCAGGUCUUCCGCCACCGCCGCCGGUCGUACCUGGCCGUCAUCUACGGUUGGGAUCCAUACUGUCGCAUGCAGGAGCAGUGGAUUACAGUCAACCAUGUUGACAGCCUGCCUCAAGGGCGCCAUCAGCCGUUUUACAACGUCCUGGUUGAGGACGAGUCAACCAGAUAUGUGGCCGAGGAGAAUAUCGUCUUGUUGAAACCAGAAGAGAUCACCAACGACAUGAUUGAAGAAUUUCCAAUCGAGAUUGGCAAGUGGUUCAAGCGCUUCGACUACGAGUCCGGGACGUUCGUGAGCAAUGUGACCGACGAGUAUCCUGAAGAUUAGAUCCAGCCGCGAAGACCCAGAUACGGUUCAGCCGAGACUCAUGCGUCCCUCUGUCUGCUCCAACAUUUGGACCAUCUCUUCCCACCAAGCCCGUCUCUGACCAAAUCCUUCUUGGACAAUGUCUUGGGUGUCUGUCCAUUCGUCGUAUGCAUGCGGUGCCUCGGAUGGAGUUAGGUCGUUGUCCAGCCACUCCCACACGGCAGUCAUCGCCCGCCGAUUCGGUGGAAUGUUUCCCCUUGAACUCAUGUUAACCCCAUCGAACCAGGAAUUCACGAUCUUCCUGUCAUGUUCUGUCAAAGACACGGCACCUGCCACGAAAACUGGAAAGAGUGGGGCCUGAGCAGUGAAGAGAAUUCCAUCAGUCGGUUGAUACGAGAUGCAUUCGAGAAGCUGUGAAAGAGUCUUCCGGACCAGUGGAUGAGAUCUCGGAUAUCGAAGCAGUCGACACAGAAAGUAAAGCUCGGCGGCCGAGGUAUAAGACUCGGCCGUCAGUUCCACCACCGUCGUGCGAGAGUUGAUCUUUCCGGUGUGAGGGUCCAGGUCGGAACUAAUAGCACAAGCCGCCAACAAGGAGGUAAGGUCUUCAGGGCCUUCGGAGAGAUCCGACUUCUGGCGAUGGAGGUGAAUUCGAGGCCAGAGAAGUCUGGCGGCUCGAGCGAUGACAACGCUAUUAGGGUUGCGGUAUAGUCGAGAUGCCAGGUGGGUGACCUGAGCAUAAAGAUGUAAAAGCUUGGGUGACAAGCCAAUCAGACCGUCGAUCUUGUUCAGAGAGUCAUCGUCACCUGUCAGCAACCAAGAGUGCGGACAGGCCUUGGGGAAUUCCAGAGGCCCAAACACCUCAGCCAGGAUUAUUUGGAGCGCUGCUUUGGUCCCGAUGAAGCGUCGAGCCCGACUGUACUGGACGUUUUGUGGUUCAUGAUAUUUGUACCCAGGGUCGGUUUUGGCCAACACUAGAUUGGCCAUCUGAUAUCCAGUAUACCAUUUGGGGUAAAGUGACCGACAGCGGUCAAGCUCCCAGUUGACAAGGUCAUUGUGCGACAACAGCAUGAGAACGGCAAUUGCUGCCUCACCCCGGCCAGGGGCGAAUGUUUCGGGCCGAUUGAGUUCUUGUCCCAGCAACAAGACAGCCUUUUUGUGAUGAGCCUGUGCACGCAGCUGUAAUGGUUUACUCGGUCUAUAAUCAAGCACGUAUGAAGCUGCCAGAGAUAAGAUGGCGUAUUUGACAGCCAAGUUGGCUGAUGCCAUAGGGGUGACAUCGUUGAGAAAGGCAUUCGUUUGUGGCAGCAGUGUUCUUCCUCCGCAAAAGGCGAGAGUGUCUGAAGCCAUGAUAUGUAAGCAGGCAUGUCUCUCUAGGGCAGGCAGGGGAUGAAGAGGGUAUUGUGAGUGACGUACAGAAUUUGAACAAAAAUGCAUCUGUGGCGUCGAGUUUCAGGCCGCGACCAAAGUCUGCAGGGAGAUUAGGUAGGGGCCGUAGAAACGGAUGUUCUGCCCUGGCACGAUCCUCAGCCUCGUCCAUACGAUGCUGCAAUUGAGAUUGGGCAGUUCGCUGACCGUCCCUUUCCUUCUGCAACAUGCGAAAUUUGACCAGGCC